GGCGGGAUCUGGAAAUUUCACAUGUCACGUGUUUGCAUCACGUGCUACAGCGAAAUCGGACGAUCCCCACUGUUACUCAUCCUGUCUCCUCCCGUAUGCAAAUGAGGGGUCUCUAAUGCAGUCACAGAAGUUUUAUCACGGAGUACACAGAGAACCGGCCAAGUCCAUCGUCUGCCACUUGUCCCUGGGGUGAUUUUUCUGCCGCUGCCUCUAGAAGUGCAGCCCCGCCCUCCUUUUUUUGUUCUGUUCGAUUUGCUGAAGACCCCCGGGGUCGCUGGAUUCGCAACGUACCCAGCCUGGCGUCGCUCGGAGGAUUGUCGACCGGAAUCGGAGGCGGCGGAGGAAAGGCUGACAAUCUGGAGCCGGGCGCAGGGUCGGAUAAUGCAUCUGCUGCCACCAGUCCCGUAAUGGGAGGCGUCAGCCAUGCGACGGUCAUAGGGCCCGAGGGCCUGGGCCAGAUCAGGAAGCGCAAUGUGGUGGUGGCAGGGCUGGACAGCUCGCCGGGUAGCAUUGACGAUGUGGAGGACAUCGAUGGUCGCGAGGAGAAGCGCCGACAGCCGGUGAAGCGAGCGUGCAAUGAGUGCCGCCAACAAAAGCUCCGAUGCGAUGUGGUUCAGGAUCCUUACACGGCUUGCUCUCGGUGCCGUCGCCUGAAGCUGGAUUGCAAGAUUGAAUCCAACUUCAAACGGAUCGGGAAACGGAGUCGCAACGCAGAGAUGGAACGGGAGAUUAUCGAGUUGCGGAAGCAGAUCGCAAAUGUGCAGGCGACCUCGACUGCCGUGAGCCCGCAGCAGCAGCAAGGUCUGCCUGCCAAGCAGGAUGCGAGCCAGAUUAGUCCCGCGGGCGUCUAUCCAACACCGUCGGCCAUGUCUGCCGACCAGUACAUGGGUUCCCAUGAAGCUGUGGCGUCCCUUCUGGAUCUGCGAUCUGGCUUCGACGGUGCAGGUUAUAUGAGAAACGGCAAUCAUCAGCUGAAGCGCAUCGAAGAUGUUGCCGUUGGUCCGGAGAAAGUCACAGAGCUGUUCAAUCUCUUCUUUAUGUUCUAUCAUCCCUUCCUAUCGUUCCUCGAUCGCGACCAGACUCCCGAAGAAUACUAUACAGCUUGUCCACUCCUGUUCUGGACCGUCAUCAGCGUGGGAGCCAGGCGAUAUCAGACAGACACGCAUCUUCUCAAUUCCUUGGCCGGGCCAGUCACACGCCUUGUCUGGAGCACCUUGGCUGAUGUUCCACAAAGUCAUCAUGUCGUGAAAGCUCUCUGUCUGCUGUGCACCUGGCCUUUCCCUACAAGCAGCACCUCUACUGAUCCCACUUUUAUGCUGUGUGGGAUGAUGAUGCAAGUUUCCAUGCAGCUUGGUCUCCAUCGACCGUCCCAUGUUCAGGACUUUAGCAAAUACCGCGUCGAACUGAUCGAGGAUGAGCUCCGGGAUAAGAUCAGGACCUGGGCAAUCUGUAAUAUCGUGUCACAGAGAGUUGCAACUGGUUAUGGCCAACCACCGUCGACUAUCUACGACUGGACUUUGUGUUCGGGCGAGUCGGUGGACUUGAACUUCAAACUACCCGCAGACCUGAAAGCAAGAUUAGAAAUCGAAAAGUUCUGCGAUAAGGUCACCAAAGCGUUAUAUACCAACCGCCGGGAUCCAGUUGGGCUGUCUGCCGACCAAGAGCGGCCCUCAUUGAUCUCAUUUCUGUCGCGAGACUUUGAUGAACUUGAAGGACAGUUCAAACUUGAAAAUGACUGCAUCACCGAUCUGUAUUUACGUGCCUCAAAUCUGCAUCUACAUCUUUCAGCAUUCUUCGAUGAUCCAAUCUCCAAGGACUACCGCGAGCGCCUUCUCUCUCUAUAUGUUGCCACGACAUCCUUCCUAGAAGCGGCGAUGAACUUGGAAACCGAGGUUGGCCCUGUGUUGUCGUACACACCAUACUACAUCUAUCAAAUGCUGGUUGCAGGAGGAUGUACUCUCCUCAAACUCUGCAAGAGCUUUUUUGCCGCCCACAUUGAUAUGGAAUAUACCAAGAAUCUCUUUAACCGAACCAUUUGGGCAAUCCGGGGGGUCUCCGUCUCUAGCAACGAUUUGCCCGAGCGUCUAGCCGAAGUACUUGCCCAGAUGUGGAGACUCAACGGUACGCCGACAUCAUCUGCAAGCAAUGCAGAGGUGGAUGGCUCUCUCCGGCUAAAGGUUCGGUGUCGGAUGAGCAUGUCUCUCCUCUACGAUUCGAUUUGGCGGUGGCGCGAAGAUGCGCGGACUAAGGGUAGGAAUAUUGAAGCAUAUCUUAAGAACCCGACUAACCCGGACUCUGCCGCAGAGUCCUCGGCAGCCUCCUCUGUUGGACCGGCCCGGGCCUCGUCAACAACACCUGGGGUCGCCGGGGGGGAUCCCAGUCUGGCUCCUCCCUUGCUAUCCCAGGCAGCCUUGGGUGUACAGUCGUCGGGCAAUGGCGCCAAUGCACUUCCUAGUGGGUUCAUGGAGCCCAACUAUGAGGUCUUCGACCCCCUGAACUGGCUGCUCGACGGACUGGUCGAAUUUCCGUACUCAUACCCUACGGUUCCGGGAAUGGAGACACCCGGCAUUGUGUAAAGACUCCCUGCGGCCUUUCUUCUCUUCUCUCUCUUCUCGAUUACCCCGCGUCUGCAGAGACGGCUUCUGAUGACUUUCUAUGUGUUUAUGCAAGCGACCUUGUAUCAUUAUUAUACCAGCAGGGUGUGGGGAGGCAAUUGCCAGUGGUCAAUCACCCGGCGGCGUCGUGGCCUUCAUGUCCUUUUUGUGUUUCUCUCACUUGAAGUUUUUUUGGUGAUCACCGUGUACUUAUUUUCUUUUUUUUUUUGCCGUCUCCUUUCUUCUUCUCUUAGAUUCUGUACCUUGACAGACUGC